AAAGGAAUUCCUUAUGCCUUAUUCCCAUCAGUAGGAUAGUUUUUGAACCCAGCGAGCAGGUCUUACUUAACUUCUUAGUGCGUUACCACCGCAGUUCGUACUCGUCAGAUUAUUUCAUUCGUAGCAUAUUUGUCUUGUUAUUAUUCCCGAUUUAGUAUGAAGAAUUAUUGCAUCGAGGAUUUGCCUUCAGGUCCUUUGGACUCGUACAGGAAGCAAGCAACAUUCAAUUGGAAAGAAAUGAAGCUGAUUUUCGAACAGGAUUUAAAAUUUUACUCGGUCAAGAUGAACUUAUGGGACACACUAAGCAAGGAACCCCUUUUCUCGAGAUCUAGGACAGUGCCAACCUCAGAAGAAGCUAAAAAAUUAGCAGCUAAAAGAUUGCACCGGUAUCUGCAGUUGAACUUUUUUCCCUCAAAUAUGGCUGAGCUAACAUACACUCAAAGGUUGAGGUUCAUGAUGGUCGUAAACGAGGCAUUUGCAGCUGCUUUUCCAGACGUUGCAGUGAAACAAGCCAUCGGUGUUGGUCUGGUGAAGAAUACUUUAGCUACUUUGGGUACAGAAAGACAUAAGCACUUCUUGGAUGCCCUUUGGAGUGCAAAGGUUGUAGCUUGCAUAAUUCUGACUGAAGUAGCACAUGGAAGUAACACUAAACAAAUGAAAACGACGGCAACUUUCGACAGAAAGACUCAAGAAUUUAUAAUUAACACUCCUGACUUUUUAGCAGCAAAGUGUUGGAGUGGUAACUUGGGAAAAACAGCUACUUUGGGAAUUGUUUUCGCUCAGCUGAUAACCAACGGUCAGAAUUACGGUCUUCAUGCCUUCGUGGUGCCACUGAGGGAUCCGAAGACCCUUCUGCCUUAUCCAGGAUUGACCAUAGGGGAUAUGGGUGAGAAGAUUGGCCUCCAUGGUAUUGACAAUGGAUUCGUCAUCUUCAAGGACUACAGGAUACCGAGGCAGAAUCUGCUGAACAGGAUCGCCGACGUGACCCCAGAAGGAGAAUACGAGAGCAGCUUCUCAGAGCCGGGUAAGAUCCUGGGAGCUGUCCUGGAAAACCUGUCGCUGGGACGUCUGGGUAUAAUGCAGGGGAGUGUAAACACGCUGAUAAACGCCGUCACCAUCGCUGUACGUUACGCCGCCGUCAGAAAACAGUUCUCGAACGAUGGGAACGGUUCUGAGAAUUCGAUAAUAGAGUAUCAGUUACACCAAUGGAGACUUUUCCCAUACGUGGCAACAGCUGCAGUCUACAAAAUCUUCAUCAAUUCCUUUGCAAACGACUAUCUAGACGCUGUCGACAAAUCUAACACCUCGGACAGGUUAGAAGAAGUUAAUGACCUGAUAUCAGAGAUACACUCAAUAGUCAGCGGUGCAAAGGCUCUCUUAACCUGGACGACAAGAGACGCCAUCCAAGAAUGCAGGGAAGCUUGUGGUGGCCACGGUUAUCUCAGGGAUGCUGGGCUUGGAGAUCUUAGAAACGAUCACGAUCCAACUGUCACUUACGAAGGUGACAACAACGUCCUUCAACAACAAUCCUCCAACUGGCUUUUGAAACAAUGGCAUAACGUCAACCAGAAUAAGAAGACUAGCUCUCCUUUGUGCACAUCUGAAUUCUUCAACCAUCACCUUCAAAUAAAGAAUAAGAAGAUUGGAUACGAGGGCCACAUCAAGAACUUAAAAUGCAUCAUAGAGUGUUAUGAAUGGUUGAUCAUUUAUUUGGUGGAUAGGGUGUCGAAGAAGAUGCAGCAGCUUUGUCAGCUUGGUCAUAGCAGGUUUGCUGCUAGGAAUCUUGUCCAGGUCUACAAAAGCAGAGUAAUGUCCAGAGCAUAUGCAGAAUUGAACGCAAUCAGAUACUACGAAACGAAAAUUCAGAGUUACCAACCUGAUCUUCGAAACACCUUGGACCAAUUAGGGGUUCUGUAUGGACUUUACAAUCUGGAUAAGCAUCUGGUGUACUUUUAUCAAGGUGGAUUUUGCGAUGGUCCUUCCAUGGCGAAAGAUGUGAAGAGUGGGAUCCUAGAGCUCUGUCAGCAGUUGAAGCCGAACAUCUUGUCUGUAGUGGAUGCACUAGCUCCUCCAGAUUUUGUCGUUAAUUCUAUCUUGGGAAAGUCGGAUGGUAAAUUAUACGAACAUAUUGAACAGAGUAUAUCCAAUAAUAUGGAUAGGUCAGAAUGGUGGAAGGAUAUCAUUAUAAAAGGAUCUCCGGAUUUUACAAAAUUGAAGAAUAAAUUGUAAUAGAUUAGAGCUUUAAAAAUGACUGUAUACCAAAGUUGAAUUAACUAUUAUUAAAUAUCUAUUUAGGAACA